UUCAUGCUGAUAAGACUAGGAAGCAAUCGUUGUUACAAUUUUGCAAGCCCUUGUAACAAAAGAUUUCGAAAAGUAUAAAAGAAGACCGUUCAUCAACGUUGUCAAUUACAAAACAUCCCACCAUCAAAAUGAUUCACAUCAUCCUAUCAACUUUAGCGCUCACUGCAGCAGUUCACGGUAAAAUCCUCCUCAACAGCACAACAUCCUCGUUUGCGUGGCUUCUGGACAUCCCAGGAAUACCUCUGGAAAAACUGAAAGAAACUCGCCUUCAUCCGGCCAUCAACAUUUUGCCCCAGGAUGUGCUGCUUCCCAAAUCGUUUGACGCCCGGGAAAGGUGGCCCGAGUGCCCCAGUCUGCAGGAGAUCCGCACCCAGGGCUGUUGUGGAUCGUGCGCGUACGUUUCGGGAGCUUCGGCCAUGACCGACCGGUGGUGCAUCCACUCCAAGGGCGAGAAGCAGUUCGUGUUCGGGGCGUUCGAUUUGCUGUCUUGCUGUUACGAAUGCGGCGGUGGAUGCAGUGGCGGAGGCUUUCCCGGGCCGAUUUGGUCCUAUUGGGUGAAGCAGGGCGUUUCGAGUGGAGGGCCGUACGGCUCCAAACAAGGAUGUCAUCCGUACCCGAUGCCGCCGCAUUGUCCGACCACGGGAGAGCAUCCGGAUGAACCGAACUGCAACAGUAAGUGCAACGCGGGUUACAACGUGACCGAUUGCUUGCGGGAUAGGAGGUUUGGCCGGGUGGCGUAUUCGGUUCCAGCUGAUGAGCAGAAGAUCAUGGAGGAAAUUUUCAUCAAUGGACCGGUGCAGGCGGUGAUCCAGCAAUAUGCUGACCUGGUACCCCAUUCGGGUGGAGUUUACCGGCACAAAACAGGACGCCUGAAUGGAGGACAUGCGAUUAAGUUGAUCGGAUGGGGCGUUGAAGAGGGAACCAAGUAUUGGCUGGUGGCCAAUACGUGGGGAAAGGUUUGGGGUGACUGUGGGUUCUUCAAGAUUGUGAGGGGUGAAAACCAUUGUGGCAUCGAGGAAAAUGUUCACGCUGGAUUGCCCAGCUAUGUGGAAUUUUGA